AUGGGUGAAUCUUCAUCAGCACAUCAAGCUGUUGCCCAGAACUCUCUUUCUUGUACUCUUUGUGACAAGAAUUUCAACUCCCGACGUGCACUCGACAACCACAAUGGUGCUAAGCACAAGACGAUCAAGUGCUCCCAUUGCAAGAGGUCUUUCCGCUUGCAAAGAGCGCUUGAUCAUCAUCAAAAGGACAAGCAUCCACCUCCCCGGAUUUCUCCUCCUCGACAGAUCAAGCAAGAACCUGACCAACUGAGUGAGCCCAUCGUUCAUACCCAGCCUCCCGAGUGCCAAUACCCAACCAAUUUCAAUGAGUUCAAACCACCAAUUGAACAUAUCACCACAUCUGCCGCGAACCAGCACGCAGUUGGUCGUAAUUACCGGCCCAUGACCCCGCCGUGUGCUUAUUCCAAUAAUUACUAUAUGGAGUACGAUGCGCCUGAACCACUGAGCAAACCCAUCACCCGGUCGAUCUUGAUGAUCGACCGAUGA